AUGGUUCCCACACCGGGGCUACCAAAUUCCGAUGCUUCAAGAUCCCAAACCUGGACCGCUGGUUCGGAUGGCAUGCCCGCAUCAGGAUUGGUGGCGGGUCCGGGUGCAAGCGUGGCUGCUGCUGAUGGUGCGGCUGCCAGCGCGGGUGCUGCGUUGGGGACUUCUAUGGGCCCUGGUCAAGCUGCGGCGAGAGGAGGGAGAGAGGGAGGUGAAGUUGCUUCGGGCAUGUCAGGGUCAGGAGUGCAGGCAGGUGUGGGGGUUGGUGUGGGGGUAGGGACGGGCAGAGUCAUGGGUCAACGUGGUGGUCUGGCUGACCUGGCAAUGCCAGGGUACCUGCCACCAGGCCCUUCCAUCCCAUCCGGCCCAGCACAGGCGGGAGGGGCAACGGAGCAGGCAGGUCGGGUGGGUGGCGCGUCUCUCAUGAUUCCCACGCCUGGCGGCCCUCCCGUGAUGGACGCUGGGGGCCUCACUGCCUCUGCUGCUCGCGACGGCGCCUUUCGUGGGGCUGGGGCAGCAGGGGGGGCGGGUGGGGCAGGUGGGGCUGUGGUGGACGGUGCUGCUGUGGCCGGGACUGGUGCCGGUGCUGCUGGCGUGGGUGGUGCAGGCGGUGUGAUGGCGCAUCAGCAGCACUCACGUCAGCAGCCGCAGCAGCACCCGCAUGUUAAGGGGAACGCGGGAUUUCCACAGCGGAUGCAGGGUGGAAAAGGGCCUGUGGGCUCACAGCAAACGCAGCAGCAGCAGCAGCAGCCCUCCGGUUCAACACCCGGUUCGGGAGCAACAGGUGCAGUGCUGAAUGGCGUGCCUGCUAGUACCGAACCUUCUGCCAAAGCCACUGCAGCUGCAGGAGCAGCGGCGGGAGCAGCGGCAGGAGCAGGGGCAGGAGGAGGAGCGACAGCAGGAGCAGGGGCCGUGGCAUUGGUGGAAGCGGGAGCAGGGACGGGAGCAGCAGGGGAUAUAGCAGCAGGAGGCGGCGCGAUCGACCCCCAGCGGGCCAUGCAGUACCAGCGGCAGCAGAAGUGGUUGCACACGCUGCGCCAUGCGUCUCGCUGCAUCGCUGCCAACGGCUCCUGCAACGUGGGCGCGCACUGCCGCGUGUUUCGAGAGCUCUGGGCCCACUGCUCCCGCUGCAAGGACCCUGAGUGCGCUUACCCCCGCUGCGUCCCUUCCAGGAAGCUUCUCCACCAUCACCAGAUCUGCCGGGAUCCCAAGUGCCCCGUGUGUGGGCCUGUGAGGCGCGCGUUUCAGCAGCAGAUGCUGGCGGCGAGAGCGAAUGCGGCGGCUGCUGCGGCUGCGGCGGCUGCCGCUGCUGCUGCGGCUGCGGCUGCAGCAGCUGCUCCUGUAGUGACUGCUGCAGCUGAUGCCGCUGCGGGUACUGGGAAUGAGCGACAGGACGGGAAAGAGGUCGAGGCAGAGGCAGGUGCCAUUGAUGGUCAAAUCACGACCGUGCCUGUGGCGGAUGGAGCAGUUGCAGUGAACGGCGACGCUUCCAAUGCUGCAGCAGCUGCAGGUGGGCAGGGAGAUCACUCCACUGCUGUGCCGGUUGUCACCACUGGUACCGCCAAGCCUGCACCUGCACCUGAAGACACAGCCACAGGCAAAGGGGCAUCUGCCAAUGGAGCUUCGGCUCCUGGUGUUUCUCUGCCGCUGGGUCCUGCUGCUGGGGCUGCAGGGGCUGUAGAGAGGGCAACACAAGCUGGUGCUACUGCCGCAGCCAGUGCUGCUGCUACUGCUGCUACCAGUGCUGCUAGAGCAGCAGGAGCAGCGGCGGCUUCAGGCUCAGCUGGUGCCACGGGUGUUGCUGGGUCGGCCAUUACAGGGCAGAAGAGGCCGAAUGAGGGAGCUAGGCGCGGGGAGGGCGGGGUGGCAGAGGCAGGGCGGGAGAAGGAGAGGGAGAAGGAGAAGGGGGCAGGGGCGCAGCCGCUAAAACGAGCCAAGCUGGAAGGCGGGGUGGGGGGUCUAAAGGCUGCAGGUGGUGGGCCAAAGCGGAGCUCUGGCGUGAAGGCAGAGGCUGGCGCUGCUGCAGCAGCAGGAGGAGGAGUGGGUGGUGCUGGUGGUCCUGGCGGUGCUGCUGGUGCUGCUGGUGGCGAGAAAGAGAAGCCUGAGAGGCCUGUUGGUGCCAAGGCUGGCAAGGCUGCUGGCAGCAAGAUGCAGGGAAGUGCCAAUGGCGCUCUUGCAGGGAGAGCGGGCGCACAGGCUAAGGCUGCUGCUGCCGCUGCUGCUGCUGCUGGUGGUGCUGCAGUGAAGGCAGAGGGAGGGGUAGGGUCAGCAGGGGCAGGGGCAGGGCAGGUGAAGGCGGAGGGUAGGACUGGGGCAGGUGCGUCUGGCGCGGGUGGUGCUGGUGGCGGCGCAGCGAGUGUGAAGGCAGAGCCUCGGACAGAAGAUAGCAAGGCGCUUGUCCCUGCAGGUGGGGCAGGAGCAGUCACCACCUCAGCAGCAGCUGCUGCAGCAGCAGCAUCAGCAGCAGCAGCAGCUGCGGCGGCAGCAGCGAACAACAAGAACAUGAAGAGCAAAGGCGUGGGCACGUCUCUAACCGAGCUCUUCACCCCGGAGAUGAUCCGGCUGCACGUGCGGAGCCUGAGGCAGUGGGUGGGGCAGAGCAAGCAGAAGCAGGAGAAGCUGCAGGCGGCGCAGCAGCUGCAGCAGCAGCAGCCGCGGGACAGCGACUGCCGGCUGUGCUCCGUGGAGAAGCUCUUCUUUGACCCGCCGCCCAUCUACUGCACGGCGUGUGGGCGCAGGAUUCAGAGGAACAAGGCGUAUUAUGCCACGCCGGGCGCGGGCGACCAGCGGCAGUGCGUGUGUAACCGGUGCUAUGGGGACUUCCGAGGGGAUGCGAUCACGCUGGAGGGGCUCCGGCCGAUUCCCAAGGCUAGUCUCACCAAGAGAAUUAAUGAUGAGGAGACAGAGGAAGCGGUAUGUGCAUUUCUUGUGCAUUUCUUUCUCCCUGGUCCUCCCAUUUGGUUUUCUCCGUUUGAUCUUGCUGGCUCCCCGUCCCAACCUACUCUCCCUGUUCCCCCCUCCUUCCCUUGUAUGCGCAAUCUGCUGUGCGACACGUGUGACCGGUGGGUGCACCAGUGGGUGCAGUGUGACACGUGCGACCGGUGGGUGCACCAGUGGGUACAAUGCGACACGUGCGACCGGUGGGUGCACCAGGUGUGUGCGCUCUUCAACGGGCGGCGCAACGAGGGCGAGGCGGAGUACACGUGUCCGCUGUGCUGCUGCGAGCAGAUGGAGCGAGGCCUCCGGGCGCCUCUCCCGCCCUCCACCGUGCUCGGCGCCCGAGACCUGCCCCGCUCGCGCCUCUCAGAUCAUUUAGAGGGGCGGCUGGCGAAGAGGCUGGCGCAGGAGAGGGAGGAGAGGGCCAGGCAGCAGCGGAAGAGACCAGAUGAGGUGGAAGGGCCCGAGGAGCUGGUGAUCCGAGUGGUAUCAUCGGUGGACAAGAGGAUGGAGACGAAGCCACGCUUUCUCAACUUGUUCCCAGAUGGGGAGUACCCCAAAGAGUUCCCUUACAAGUCCAAGGUGGUGCUGCUGUUUCAGCGCAUAGAGGGCGUAGAGGUGUGUCUCUACGCCAUGUACGUGCAGGAGUUUGGUGCCGACUGCCUGCCGCCCAACCACCGCCGCAUCUACCUCUCCUACCUCGACUCCAUCAAGUACUUCCGCCCUGACGUCCGUACGGUCAACGGGGAGGCCCUGAGAACGUUCGUGUACCACGAGAUUCUGAUCGGGUACCUGGAGUAUUCCAAGAUGCGUGGCUUCACGAGUUGCUACAUCUGGGCGUGCCCGCCGCUCAAGGGCGAGGACUACAUCCUCUACUGCCACCCCGAGAUCCAGAAGACGCCCCAACCCGUCAAGCUGCGCGAAUGGUACCUCACCAUGCUGCGGAAAGCCACCUCAGAGAACAUCGUGGUGGAAGUGAGCAACCUGUACGACACCUUCUUCGUGCAGAUCGGGGAGUGCCGCGCGCUGCCCUCCGCAGCCCGCCUGCCGUACUUUGACGGGGACUACUGGCCGGGCGCCAUGGAGGACGAGCUGCAGAAGCUGCUGGAGGAGCGCGAGGAGGAGAAGGCCGGAGGGAAGGGGCCCAAGAAGGCAAAGAAGAGCAAGGCUUCGAGCAAACGGGGGGGCGGAGGGGGCAGGGAUGAGGAUUUGGGGACGCCUGCGUCCCUGGACAAGCAGCUGAUGAGCAAGCUGGGCAGCACGAUACUGCAGAUGAAGGAGGAUUUCAUAAUGGUACACAUGCACUACUGCUGCUCGCACUGCAAGAACUUCAUCAUCACCGGCAACAGAUGGGUGUGCUUACAGCCGCAGUGCAAGCACUUCAACAUCUGCGACUCGUGUUUCAAGCAGGAGGAGCGGCGCAGCCCCGUGGACCGCCACCCUGUGCUGCUCAAGGAGGCCCACCAACUAGCUCCGAGGCCCAUCGACCCGCCAGUCCCUACGGAAACAAAAGAUCCGGAUGAAGUGGUGGAGUCUGAAUUCUUUGACACGCGGCAGGCGUUUCUCUCUCUCUGCCAGGGCAACCACUACCAGUACGACACGCUGCGCCGCGCCAAGCACUCGUCGCUCAUGGUGCUCUACCACCUGCACAACCCCACCGCGCCCGCCUUCGUUGUCACCUGCAACGCGUGCCAGCGCGACAUUGAGAACCGGCAGGGGUGGCGGUGCGAGCAGUGUCCGGAUUAUGAUGUGUGCGCCCAGUGCAAGGACACGUGUGGACACCCGCACCCGCUGGUGUCGCAUGCGAGCCAGCCGGAUAGGAACGCGCAGAGCCAGGAGGGACGGCAGCAGCGUAUCAAGGAGGUGCGGAAGAUGCUGGAGUUAUUGGCUCACGCAGCGUCCUGCCGCCCCCAGCCAGGCACGGUGUGCACGUACCCCAAGUGCAGCAUGGUGAAGAUGCUGUUCCGCCACGGCACCAUCUGUGCCGUGCGCUCAGCGGGGGGUUGCCAGCACUGCAAGCGCAUGUGGGGGCUGCUGCACCUGCACGCACGCUCCUGCAAAGACAGCCUCUGCAAAGUGCCGCGCUGCAA